GCCUCUGGGCCACCUCAGAGGCGGGGCUUGGCUGCACCCACGUGUGGUGGAGUUAAAUACUCAGAACCCACACCCGCUAGGGCAGAGAAGCUAGAAGCGACACCAUGGCUGGCAGGAAAGUCUGCAUUGUCGGCUCCGGGAACUGGGGCUCAGCCAUUGCCAAGAUCGUGGGUAGCAAUGCAGCUCGGCUGGCACACUUUGACCCACGGGUGACCAUGUGGGUGUUUGAGGAAGAUAUCGGGGGCAGAAAGCUAACUGAGAUCAUCAACACGCAGCACGAGAAUGUUAAAUAUCUGCCAGGGCAUAAGCUGCCCCCCAAUGUGGUGGCUGUCCCAGAUGUUGUCCAGGCUGCAGCAGGUGCCGACAUCCUCAUUUUUGUGGUGCCCCAUCAGUUCAUAGGCAAGAUCUGUGACCAGCUCAAGGGCCACUUGAAGGCCAAUACUAUUGGCAUAUCUCUUAUUAAGGGGGUAGACGAGGGCCCCAAUGGGCUGAAGCUCAUCUCUGAAGUGAUUGGGGAACGCCUUGGCAUCCCCAUGAGCGUGCUGAUGGGGGCCAACAUUGCCAGUGAGGUGGCUGAUGAGAAGUUCUGUGAAACAACCAUUGGCUGCAAGGACUCUGCCCAGGGGCAGCUCCUGAAGGAGUUGUUGCAGACACCCAACUUUCGCAUCACUGUGGUACAAGAGGUGGACACAGUGGAGAUCUGUGGGGCCUUGAAGAAUAUAGUGGCCGUUGGGGCUGGCUUCUGUGAUGGACUUGGCUUUGGUGACAAUACCAAGGCAGCAGUGAUCCGCCUGGGGCUCAUGGAGAUGAUAGCCUUUGCCAAGCUCUUCUGCAGUGGCUCUGUGUCCUCUGCCACCUUCCUGGAGAGCUGUGGCGUCGCUGAUCUUAUCACUACCUGCUAUGGAGGGCGGAACCGCAAGGUGGCAGAGGCCUUCGCUCGCACUGGAAAGUCCAUUGAGCAGCUGGAGAAAGAGAUGCUGAAUGGACAGAAGCUGCAGGGGCCCCAAACAGCCCGGGAGCUCCACAGCAUCCUCCAACAUAAGGGCCUUGUGGACAAGUUUCCCUUGUUCACUGCUGUGUACAAAGUGUGCUACGAGGGCCAGCCAGUGGGUGAAUUCAUUUGCUGCCUGCAGAACCACCCAGAACACAUGUGAGUGGGGCCAGGGGCCAGGACAGGCAGCUCCUUUGCCCCAACUGAGACCAGCAGAAGCUGUGACGCCUGUCAU